CGAUAUCUCGCGGGCACGUUGAAUGUAGGUCUUUGGUAUCCCAAAGGUUCAACAUGUCAUCUUGUUGGCUAUUCCGACUCGGAUUUUGCAGGUUGCAAACUCGAUAGGAAAAGUACCAGCGGUACUUGCCACUUAUUCGGUCAUUCGCUAAUCUCGUGGUUUAGUAAGAAGCAGGGAGAGUUUCUUCCACAUUCGGAACGAACUUGGAAUUUUGGAUAUCUAUAUGAACUAAUCCAUUCUUUUUAUUGACUAUACUAAUUUGAGCGUCGGAGGCGCGAUAAAUUCUUUUUUGCAGGGCUUUUUAGGUGUCUCUUCCCUUGGUAUUCAACCAAAUUGGACUUGAUGUUUUUUUUCUGUCAAUUAAGUUUUAAUCGAUAACUCCUCGAAGAGAAAUUGAUUAGUCGCCUCUGUCCCUCUUAAUCGAUUACUUGACUUUUGUUAAUCGAUUAAAAUCUGAAACUUUUUGCUCUGCGUCACUUUAAAUCGAUUAAUUUGGUUACAUUAAUCGAUUAGACUCAUCUGUCCAUCUUAAUCGAUUAACCACGUUUGCUUAAUCGAUUAAUAGCUUGAAAUGCAAACGUUUGGUUCAGCUCCGCGUUUAAUCGAUUAAAAUGCUUCAUUUAAUCGAUUUUGCCUAGGCUCUGUUCCGUAAUCGAUUAAAUACUUUCUUUUAAUCGAUUAAUAUUCGAUUUAUGCCCUUAUAUCCAGCCCAGGCUUCGUCUUCUUCGCCAUUCUCUUGUUAAGAAAUCAGAAACCCUAACACCUUCCCUUCUCCAAUCUUUCUCAAAUUUCUUCCAUCUUCUCACCAAAUCCCAUCAAUUUCAAAGAGGAAGGAUGCCAAGGUGCAAGAACGCUUCAUCGCGUCAAGAAUCGGCGGCAGAGGAGAGUGAGAGGCCAUGGCGUCGUGAAGGGAGCAAGUAUAUUCACAUUCAAACCGGACUCGCCUUCAACACUGGGCUUCAGUCGAGAGGUUCCACACCAUCUUCCUCACGAAGGAGAUCGUCUCUCCUAAGAUCGUGAAUAAGGACCUCUUCAAAUCGGCGACCUAUGCCCCGAGUAAGUCUCUUCUCCUUCAGCAAGGUUUGCUUCGUUUCAUCCAUUUGAUGUAUGACUUCUUUUGUCCAAAUCUUAUGCGUCAAUUUUAUGCAAAUCUUCGUACCACUAAGGGAGACUCGCCAUCUCUCAUUUCCUAUGUUGACGGCAAAACCGUUUUCAUUGACGGUGCCGGUUUGACUUCUUUGUUUGGCCUUCGUCGCGGUGAAAUUACCGAAAACUUGGAUGAAACAUUCCAAGAUGAGGCAAUUUGGCGACAACUCGGGUUAGAUCAUCGUGACCUGAAGUUUAGAAAUUCUAGCAACCCGAGUGUCAUUAAUCUCACUUUAAUUCAACACGUCCAACAGUACAUCUUCUCAUAUGUUUUGUUGCCCCGUGAUUCGAACCGUGGCGUUGUCAACAAGGACGAUAUUCGUUUGUUUCACGUCCUGUUGAACGAUGUCAAAUUUGAUUGGGUUCACUUCUUUAUCGUUGCACUUAGCGAUGGCACUCGUUUUUCCCAUCUCCAUUUUGCCAUCCCCAUUAUGCAUAUCCUUGCUCAUUGCAAAAUAGACUUUACUCGGGACACUCAGGUGCCGGUCAAGAAGACGUGUUUCAUCACUGAAGCCAAGUUUUCCCAGAUCGUGUAUCGAGAGGAGGGCGAUGCUGCACCAAAUCUGGACCUAAUAGCCGCAGAAGAAGAAGAAGAAGAGAGCCAAAACGAGACUCAAGCUGAAUCAUCUCGAGCCGGAGGAAGUCAAGCCACGGAGCGCGUCACUCGUCAACGGAGGACUCGUCCAAGAGAAGAAGCACCAGAACCAUCUUGGGUGAAGAAGAUCUUCGAUACUCUCACGUGCAUCCAAGAUGACGUUCGCCAGCUCAACGAGAGGAUGACUCGUUUUGAGCAAUCCCGCUCCUACCGUGGCCCAUGUCACAGCUUUAGCGGAGGAGCUCGUCCGGCGAACUCUCUUUGAUUGUUAUUUUCUUUCCCUCUUGACUGAUUAUGAUACAUUGUUAUUUGUUAUGACUCUUUUGGUGGAUGAUGAUGUUUCCUUUCGAUGAUGCUAGUUGAUAUUAACUGCUUGUGUAUUAAUAUCAUUGUUGGCUUGGCAAUAUUG